UUGGGGGUGGGGGUGAUUUCGGGGAAGAGGAAAGAAGUAGUGGGAUGGAAGUGGUUGGGUGUCCACAGCACGGGACCUUAUGUUUUCUGAAGACCGGCGUCCGAGAUGGCCCGAAUAAAGGAAAGAGCUUCUUCGUGUGCCCGGCGGACACAUGCAGCUUCGUGCGGGCCACCGACAUUCCUGUUUCUCAUUGUUUAUUGCAUGAGGACUUUGCGGUAGAGCUUCAGGGUCUGUUUCUAUCACAGGGCGAGAAAGAAUACAGGUUAUUCUUCCGAUGUGUUAGAAGUAAGGCAGAGGGGAAGCAAUGGUGUGGAAAUAUCCCAUGGCAGGAUCCUAAUUCCGAAGAACAUUCUGUAACCAGUAAGUCUCAGCAUGCCUCUGAGAUAUCUCGUUAUCCUUCCAGCCAGCAGAGAAACCCGUUCAAGUUAAUUGACAAGAAUCAAGAACCAUCCCUCCGGAAGCAGUUCAUCAAAGGUGAAGAUGAGGAAAAGACAGCUGAUAAGAAGCAAAGGGAAAAAAGAGAUCCACUCCUGGAUCAAAAGAAGGAACAGAAGCCUGAAUCUAAGUGCUGGAUGGAGGAAGAUCUCUCAUCUGGCCUGGUGGUAAAGGAAAAACAAUCAGCUGUUCAAGAGAUGCAGCGAGGGGAGAAGACAGAGUUUCGUAGUGCUGCAAAGGAGGUUGAAGGGGUGCACAAAAGAAACCUAUUUGAGAUGAAAUCCAAACAGGUCCGUGGGAAUGAGCUGAGAGAACCGUCUGCAUCUCAGGAGAAGUCAAAUGGUGAGAGACAUUCUCUCCAAAAAGAAUCAGAACCUCCAAGGGAAAAGGAAACUAAGCCUUUGCCUCGAAUUGUUCACAGUCAACACCCAAUAAGCCAGUCCCUGAAAGGGGGACACCUCAGCAAGGAGCACCCCAAGAGCUGGGAGGCUAGAGAAACAAAGGCAAAGAAGGACGCAAGCACGCAGACCCUCCAGAAGAGUCUGCUCCAGGGCCAUUUGCAGGCACAGCCGGAGACCCGGGGCACGCCUGCUCCAAAGGGACUGGCUGCUCAGCCUGCACCGCUGGCCGCAGGGCACCCCCAGGGAGAGAUGCGAGACGCCGAUACAAGCAGUGGUGACAGUGAGGAAGGUGAUGUUGUUUUUUUUUCCUCUAAGCCAGGGAGCCCCUUGCUCUUUGACUUGACUCUAGACUCACAGAAGAAGAAGAACCUUAAAUUCCCUGGUCAGAGUGUGCAAAGAAAAAUUUCUCCUGACUCAGGCGUUUCCAAGAAGGGAGAACCUUCAGACCCAGAAGCCCAACGUGUGUACCUCACAACACAGCUGAAACAAAAGAAGAGCACACUGGCAUCUGUGAACAUCCAGGCUCUUCCAGACAAGGGUCAGAAGUUGUUCAAGCAACUUCAGGAGCUGGAGGAUGCGCUGAGUGCCCUGGCCCUCUCCCCAGAGCAAGGCACUAAUGAGAAGAGUAACACUCAAGUACCACAGCAGAGUAACUUCACCAAAACGACCACUGAUCCUCCCCACUUGGUGCCUCCCAAACCCCUGCAGGGCCAGGAUCUCCAGCCUCUGGGUUGUCUAGGACUGAAGGCUGCCCGCCAGGAGGCUGCUGGAGGGUCUGAUCAGUGCUGUGGAGGUAACCUCGAUUUGUACGCAGGCCCUAUGAGCCAAGGUCACCUUCGCGCAGUGUGGCAAAUCACAAGUGAAGCCAUUGAUGAGCUGCAUCGAUCACUUGAGUCACGUCCUGGCGAGACAGCUGUAGCAGAGGAUCCAGCUGGGUUGAAGAUCCCUUUGCUGCCGCACCAGAAGCAGGCAUUAGCCUGGCUGCUAUGGCGGGAAGGUCAGAAGCCACGAGGAGGAAUCCUGGCGGAUGAUAUGGGGUUAGGAAAAACCCUGACAAUGAUUGCACUCAUCCUGACCCAGAAGAACCAAGAGAAAAACAAAGAAAAGGACAAAACCACGGCUUUGGCUUGGCUUUCCAAAAAUGACCCCUCUGAGUUCACUUCCCAUGGAACACUAGUCAUCUGUCCUGCUUCCCUGAUCCAUCACUGGAAAAGUGAGGUGGAGAAACGUGUGAGCAGCAACAAACUAAGAGUCUAUCUGUAUCAUGGGCCAAACCGGGAUCAACAUGCAAAAGUCCUCUCCACAUAUGACAUCGUGGUCACUACCUACAGCCUUCUGGCCAAGGAGAUUCCCACAAAGAAGGAAGAGGGAGAGAUGCCAGGUGCUAACCUCAGUGUGAAGGGUGUCUCAUCACCUUUGCUUCGAGUAGUCUGGGCUCGAAUCAUAUUGGAUGAAGCUCACAAUGUUAAGAAUCCCCGAGUGCAGACUUCCUUGGCUGUGUGUAAGCUCCAGGCCCAAGCCCGUUGGGCUGUCACUGGAACCCCCAUUCAGAACAACUUGUUGGACAUGUAUUCACUGCUGAAAUUUCUCCGUUGUUCUCCAUUUGAUGAACUCAGUCUGUGGAGGAGUCAGGUUGACAAUGGUUCAAAGAAAGGAGAAGAACGGUUAAAUAUUUUAACCAAGAGCCUUUUGCUGAGGAGAACAAAAGACCAGCUGGACCCCACCGGCAAGCCCUUGGUGGUGCUCCCCCAGCGUAAAUUUCAGUUGCACCAUUUAAAGCUUUCUGAAGAUGAAGAAAAUGUUUAUAGUGUCCUUUUUGCAAGAUCAAGGUCAGCUCUGCAAUCCUAUCUAAAAAGACAUGAAAGUGGGGGCAGCCAAUCUGGAAGAAGCUCUGAUAAUCCAUUCAGUAGAGUGGCCCAGGAGUUUGGGUCCAGUGGGCCUGGGCUCUCCGUGGCAGCAGACUCGCAGACAUCUAGCACCGCCCAUAUACUGUCACAGUUGCUGAGACUCCGCCAGUGUUGUUGUCAUCUUUCUCUACUGAAGUCGGCCCUGGAUCUGAAAGAGCUGAAGAGUGAAGGCCUGGUCCUUUCCCUGGAAGAGCAGCUCAGAGACUUGACCUUGUCCGAAUUCCAUAACUCAGAGCCGUCUGCCUCCAUUUCCCUUAAUGGCAAAUGCUUCAAUGUGGAGCUUUUUGACGACAGGAGAGAGAGCACCAAGAUUUCAUCUCUGUUGGCAGAAUUGGAGGCAAUCCGAAGAAAUUCAGGGUCCCAAAAGAGUGUCAUCGUCUCUCAGUGGACCAGCAUGCUGAAGGUUGUAACCUUGCACCUUAAGAGGCAUGGACUGACUUAUUCCACCAUCGAUGGCUCUGUUAACCCCAAACAGAGAAUGGACUUGGUGGAGGCAUUUAACAAAUCCAGGGGCCCUCAGGUUAUGCUAAUCUCUCUCUUGGCUGGAGGCGUUGGUCUAAACCUGACUGGAGGAAACCAUCUUUUCCUUCUGGACAUGCACUGGAAUCCGUCACUUGAAGAUCAAGCUUGUGACCGAAUUUACCGAGUAGGACAGCAGAAAGAUGUUGUCAUACACAGAUUUGUUUGUGAGGGAACAGUGGAAGAGAAGAUCUUGCAGCUCCAAGAAAAAAAGAGAGAUUUGGCCAAACAGAUUCUAUCAGGAACUGGAGAAGUUGUCACCAAGCUCACCUUGGCCGAUCUCAAAGUCCUUUUUGGCAUCUAACUUCCUGUUUAUGGAGCUCAGAAUAGUGCCAUUGUUGGUUUGUAUUAGGAUCUGGGGAGAAUGACCUAACCCUGGUCCUUUGAGCUCUCGUUGGCAUUCAGUUUCACCUUCAAGCCCUCCUCAAAGUGAGGAUCAGUUACCAUGUUAACCACUUGGUUAACCAGUCAUGUUAAUCAAUCAGCGUAUUUAAUGUGUGACAUAGAAACCAAUAAAUUACUUCAGAUAAGAGAAAAUGCUUUAGAGUUAGAGAAUUUGGAAAACAGCCCUGGGAGAGUUGUACCUAAGCUUCAGUAAAAGCUCAAAAAGCCCUCUGUUGCUUUUCUCUUCUCAGCUGGUGGGGACCCAAUGUUACUGCCUUUUCUAACACAGGCUCCAUCCCAUCUCUUCAUCUCCUGCCAAUGAGGCUGCUCAUAUAACCAUCUCUUUAUGGGCUGAGCAGAAGCAGCUCUCUGCGUAAUAUGUAGAUGAGACUACAUUUCCUAGUCUUCACUGCAGUUACAUGGGUCCAUAUUGCUGAGUUCUAAGUCAGUGGAAUAUGGAGAGAAGUGAUGUAAGUCAUUUCUUAUCUGCCUUUCUGAAACCUUGCAAGUGAUUCUUUGUGCUGUUUCUUCUCUUGUUGGCCCACUGAAUACAAAGGAACUGAUGGAUGACUGCAGGGCCCUAGAGACUUGUGAAGCCACUAGGUCAGAGAUUCUUAACCUACUGCUGGCCACGGACCCCUUGGCAGACUGACAGCUGACUGCCUCCCCUCCCCCAAAGACCUUUGGCCACGAAGAAGAGAAACGUAGCGUGGUCUCUGGUGCUCGACCACCUGGACGUACAAUCAGUGAGUAACUCACAAAAAGGUACUUGGACUCGAGGGUAUAACAUAAGGCACUUUGUUUUUAAUUCCAUCAGUUUCUUCAGAAUUAAGGUCAGGGGUUCUCUGGUGAUCUGAAGCCGUGACCACAGACCCAGGAAGCCGUCAGAGGGCCGCCGUCAGAGGGCCACCGUCCUCAGUACACUCCUCGCUGCGCUCUGCCCACCUGCCCAUGCGCAUUCUGACUUCUCGGUAAACUUCCCACAGCACGACCAGUGGGGGCGCCCCGGGUGGCCUUUGUGUCCGUGGCCACAGCCUAGGUACCCACCUGCAUGGUUCAAAGAGGAGAGGGGAGAACCACCAUUAGAGGAAAGUCCAGCAGUUACCACGGAAAUUAAUGCUCCUGGCGACAUUCAGACUCAUGGACGUGAAAACGUCUAAUAAAAACCCGUAGAGAGGAACAAGCUAUUCGGUGCCUCUGUAGUCAGGAGAACUCACAAGACUGAUGACAGCAAAUCAAUUAAGGUUAGCUGAAGUUCUAAGAAGAGUGUUAUUUUAACACUGCUAACUCAAGGAGAAGAACUGGUUUGGAUUUUAACUGUAACAUAAUCUAGAUGAAAGGGAAGUGCAGAGUGGUGGAAAUAAACAAAAUAGAUCCUGAAGUGUUUAUGAGAGUUUACAAGAGCCUAUCUUAAGGCCCACCACUGGAGUAAGGAUACCACAGAAUACUGAAAAUAAUUAGAUCUCUUGCCUGAGCUGACCCUCUUGCCCACCCACCCUGUCCCCAAGAAAAGAGCCAGACCUGGUUCAGUUAAUUUAUUCAUCUGUUCUCCCAUCCCUGCCUUGUUUGGAAUUUCUCUAAGGUUUUAAAAGGAACAGAGCGGGUUUACAUCUUUGACACCGCUCAGGCUGUUGGAAAGGGUACAGGCUGAAAUCGAGCAUUCUAGGAGAAGCACAGGGCUCCUAGGAUUAGUGAACUGUAUCAAAACUAAAAAACUCAGAACUUUGCAGCUUGCUAUUUCAGUUUCCAGAACAAGAAGCUUUAAAUGAAACUUUUAGAACUGUGAUAUAUUUAUACGCACAGACUGCAUUCCUAGAAACAAAGCCUAAGUCUGAACACCCCGAAGCUGGUCGCUGUGGUAGUUGAUCCCGCCGCCGGGAGACAGCAGCAGAGGGAGAGCGAGGGCUUUCAGGAGCGACUGGUUCUCCUUACCCGGCAUGGUGCCUCCACAUGCGCAGCGAGCAGUCUUCUGGCCUCCGCUGGAGCAGAACGUGCAGCAGUGAAACACGCCUGGGUGUGAGCGGUGCCGUUUCCUCACGGUCACAGCGAAUGGGACUACUGCGACUUGAAUGUUCUCUCCUCCCCUGCCCAUGCUCUCUCCUGCUGCAUCCUUACAAAUGACGGUGAAAGAGACUGUCUGUUUCUCGCGGGCUCUGUGGAGAUCUGCGGAAGAUAAACACUCCAUCCUCACCUCAAAGGCCAACUGCGGUGACUGUAUCCCCAGAUCAGACACCAUCUUGCCUUUUCUCUUUAGAACAAAAGGUUGUGUUUCCAGUUUCCUCCCUUUCUGUUCUCCCAGGCAUACCUCUUGGGAGUCGCUCCCGGUGAGCCUGCUUCUGUCUCAGCCAGCAGCUGCUCUUGGAUCAUAUAGGAUCCUGGACCUUAAUUUCAGCCUUAAGGAAGCUUUGAAAAUACUCAGGUUUGAUGUAUGUAUUCAGAGAAAAAAACCUCUGGACACCGUGAGAGAGGCUGGUAACCCCAAACUACCCUCUCUGAGCUGCAGAUCCUGCUGGAAGAGGCGGUGGGUACAGGGUGACCACCUGGGACUCUUCAUGCUGUGAAGUCCUCCACAGCGUGGUAGCUGUGCCAUGGUGUUGGGGGCAUAUUCAAUAGCUACAGCCUCUGGUCCGGAAGUCAGAUGAAACAGGCUUCUUAACCUGGGGUUCGUGAACUACUGUGAGGCCUUACGAAGGGUCUAAGAAUCUCCUGAAAUUGUAUGCCCAAAUUAAUGGGUGUUUCUUGGGGACAGAUCAUUCUCAAAGGGAUCUGUGACCCCCGAACAGGUAAGAAUUCCUGUGCCAGUUAGGAUGACUCUACAGUAGAGUCUUCCUGUGAGGACUGAUCUGUGAAAUACAUGUUUGAUCAAUGUGGUCAAAAGAAAUUGUUUUUCCCC